AUGUCGGACACCUUUUUCGAUUACGACACACCUAAGAUGGUGCAGAUCAAGAGUAAAAAAGUCGGCGCCAUCAAUCGGCUCGUUCAGAUGGGCAUCAUCUUAUAUGCUUUCGGGUACGUGAUAAUUUGGCAAAAGGGCUACCAAAGCACAGAUAACGUUGAGGGUUCAGCCACAUCGAAACUAAAAGGAGUUGCUUACACAAAUAUAUCCAAUUCUUCAGACCUCAGGACACCGUUUCCAGAGAGAUACAAUAGAGUGUGGGACGUCUCAGAUUACGUCAUACCUGCACAGUAUUCUAUUUUGACACAUUUUUUGGUCCAUGUCCUCACAGCAAACAAACGGGUUUUUCGUCAUGACAAAUAUGGUCUUAUCGCCAAUGCAAUCAAGGGAUCAUGUCCAGAGGAUCCCGAUAUUGAUAGGGAUACAUGCACGUCUGAUGAUGAAUGUACACCAGACGAGGGUAUCAUAACAGGAAAUGGUAUCAAAACGGGUAGAUGUGUAAAUACAACACAUCCAGAGAGCAAAGAAUCAACCACAGUAUGUGAAGUUAGAGCAUGGUGUCCUGUAGAAGUCGAUGUAAGACCUCUACGGAGAAGAGCAAUUUUAGAAGAAGCUGAAAAUUUCACAGUUCUUAUCAAGAAUUCUAUAUCGUUUCCUAAAUUCAGAUUUGUCAAGAGAAAUAUUUUAGAUACCACGGACCCAAUGUAUCUAAGAUCGUGUCGAUACAGUCGGCUGAGUGACCCUCUGUGCCCUAUCUUCAGAUUAGGAACUAUUGUGUCAGAAACAGGACAAAGCUUCAAACAAAUGGCUAUUAAGGGCGGGGUAAUAACCAUCGACAUUCAAUGGAACUGCAAUUUAGAUAUGUCCUAUAACCUCUGUUUGCCCAAAUAUCGCUUCAUACGGGCGGACGAACAAGAUGCAAAGAUAGCCGGCGGCUUUAAUUUCAGCUACCUCGACACACCACUCAGAGUAGGAUUUGGGAAAUUCUACAGAAUCAACAACACGGAGUACCGAGACUUGACCAAGGCCUACGGGAUACUCUUCCAAGUCAAGAUCACCGGGGUCGCCGGCAAGUUCGACAUCGUACCGCUCAUGUUAAACUUUGCAUCGGGCGUUGCUCUCCUCUCAUUGGCUACUGUCAUGUGUGAUGUCGUUGUACUAUAUCUUCUUAAAAAGAGGAAAUACUACAAAGAAGCAAAAUUUCAGAACGUAGCAAAUAAUGAGAACGGAGCGCAGAAGACAUAUGAGGAGGUAGCUGCAUUGUGUGAGCAAGCCCUUGUGACAUCCCUCCCCAUCUCACAGCUUAACAACAACCACCAAGACCCGCCUUCGGGAUUAGGAGGGGGUAGCAACCACUCCCUUCGCGAUGAAAUCAUCCUCCCUACCACCAACGAAACCAAUAAACCCACCAGUUUGUGAUGACACGCCCACGCAUCAAAGCCUUCGAACUAUUUUCUAUCAAACUAAAGCAACAAAGUGACCAAAAAUGACAUAAAACAUUCGAGAGAAACCUAGAGAAAACCAAAGGACUUUUGCCUGACAUGUAUGUAUAUUUAUUGUUCCAUUCGUCUUCAGAGAGCGUUUUAUCACGAGAUUCUUUACUUGUGAGGAAAAGCGAGAUUAUCUCGCUAAUUUUACUGAUCGUUCAUUGAAUCAUGAUCCUUAAUGAAUUUUGCCUAACGAGGAGCAUAGUUAUUAUCGUAAGUGUAUCUUAACCAUUAUGUCGUAUUUGAACUGCCAUUGGAGAAAUUUGAGAUGACAAUCACGUAUGUGGCUGGAUCCGCACGUCAAAUUGUCCCCCGAGCGUAAAAAUCAAAGUAGUAGAUCUUUGCGUGUUUGUCUGCUGCCGCAUCACCGAAGCCUUCAUUUUGAACCAGAAUCUUAUUAAGAGAAUCCUGCUAUUUUUUGUAGCCUGUAAAUACUGGAAGUUGCAGAUUGAUUCAAGCUCAUUCCCAUUCGAAAACGUUUCCCUUAGCGAUGACACAAACGGGGAACGAAGAGAGGGGUAAUGUUUCUGUGAAAUGGACACGCGUUUCACGUGGGGAGAAAGAGAGAAUGGACGAAAUUCGCAUUGUGAUUGGUUCACUGUUACCAUCACGUGAUGGAGUGUCGUCUUUUCUUCUCAUCACAUGAGACCUUUGAAAACUAUCAGGUGAUUUCGUCUUGACCUUUAUACUUCACGAUCUGAUCAAGAUGGAGGAAUAUUGUAUUUGAUUACACACGAUAUGACUUUCUUCGGGAAAAUGUACAUGUAUAUAUAUACAUCAAUAUCAUAUCGCAAUAAGCACUUAAGUAUAUGUUGCUGAUAACUCUUAUUAUGUUAGAACAAAGUAGUUAUGGUGUCAUCGAUUAAUAAAAUAAUUUUAAAAGGUACUAGAAAUUGAACCUCCGUAUCUCCUGGACGUUUUCAAUUAGAUGUUGAAUAAUAGAUUAGCCUUCAAUAAAUUCCUCUCCUUUUAGAGAAGGUUGUAUGACGUUCAAGAAUUUCAGAAGUUGAUAUGUCUCAUUAACUUU